AUGUUCUCACCACUAGUUUUCCUCCGACUGGCUUUGAUCGCCAUGCCAUUAUUCUCAGUGGUAUCAACAGCAAGGCUCUUCAUUGAAACAAUAGAAUUUCCAGGUCAAGUUCCAGAUUUUCCAGAAGGGCCUGCCAUGGUCAAUAUGUUUAGCUUCAAGCCCGUUAAUCGAAUUAAAGGAUCAUGGUUCACCGAUUUCAAAAAAUUCUGGGGCAUGAGUAAAACCACCCGAGUAGCAAUGGAUCCCGGACGACCCCAAACGCAUGUCCCAUACUACUCUUUCUAUAAAAAUGCUCACCAUUUUCGAAAUGAAUAUUAUACUAAAAAUGGAAAUCAAAUUGAAGAAUUAGCUCAAAAAGUUUUAUUAUUGAUCGACACAUUAGAUUAUAUAUCAGUUCCUCAAAAUAUCUGGCUUAACAAAGAAUCCAAACUCGUACAAGAAUGUCAAGAAUUUGCUUAUCAUACUUUAUUGGAACCAAAAAAGUUACGAGAUUUGGAAAGGUAUUGGGUUAUAGGAAUAUGGGUAGCACUCGAAAAAGGAAAAAAAGAAGAUAUACAUUCUGAAAUUGAGAUCCCGAAAGAUUUCAACAAACAAAUAUAUUUGGAAAUCUUAGCUUAUUUGCAUAAUAGUCCUGCAAUAACCCAAGCAUUUGAUCAUUGGGUGAAUCAGAAACCUGUAAGGGUUCGAGCUUUUGGCGGAGGACUUGAAGAAUCUUUGAAGAGGGCUGCAUUGAUUGGUUACCACGAAGAUAAACGUGCCGGUCAACCUCCACACCCAAUUGAAACGUUGGUCUCUGAGUACCUCACUGCAGCUGAAUUACCUCAAGAAAUAGACCAGGUCUCGGGCCUACUUGAUCGGUUUCGAGAAAUGUUCAAGAACAUUGAAUUUGAGGUCCAAAGCUCAGAAGGCCAAUAUACUAUCUCCAUCUUCAAACAUAUACGGAACUUCCAGUCCUCACAAACCAUCAACGAAUCACUUCAUCGGGCUUUGCAAGAGGAAGAUUUUUGGGUAGAUCUACAUACGUUUGUGGCUAAAUAUGAGGUUGUUCAAUAUUCCAAAAGGCUGAAACGAUUCCUAAGCAAUCGGAAACUAAAGUCAAACAAAGAAUUGGAUUUGUACUCGAUCUUAAAAGAUCCAUUACAAGAACACAUUAAUUUAAAUGAUGCCAUCACACAACUGGUCUUAAAAUUAAAGACUAUUUCAAAAGAUCAACUGGGAUAUGCCUACAAGCUGAUCAUGGCACAUGUCUUUCUGAAACCAACUUUGGAAAGGGAAAUUCUUUCUCAAAAUACAUGGAAUGUGGUUGGUGGUCUUCAACGGGCCUGGGCUUUGAUAUACCCAGGAUUGGAAUUGCCACGUGUGGGUAUCAUGGACUAUCAAUAUUAUAUCUUCGUAAAAUAUCCUCAAUUGCUUGCACAUGCUAAAUGGAACGCUUUCAUGAAUGAUGCUAGAUAUGUCUCACUAGACUUUUCGAAACACGCCAAAAGGGAAACUCUUUGGAAUACACCUGAAGUGCCAUAUGAUGUUUCGAGUUAUACAGAAGCAUAUUAUCGUCAAAUCGCGACCACAAUGAAGGGGUCUAGGGCAAAAAAGGUACUCUAUACAAUGGGUCUGGAGAUGUUGAUGCAUCUCAAUGAUCUUCCAGAUGGACAAGAAUACCUGUUGAAAAUGCUUGAAGAAGAUGAAUUUAGAGGUUGGGUUAAUUAUGCUAUCAGAUACGUACGCACUCAUAACCGAUACCAAUGGAAUUUUUGGCCAACUCUAUUUACUGAAAAUAUCAAAUUGAGGCAAUUUGUCAAUGCCCUAAACGAAAUAAUUUCGUUCCAAAGGCAUCAACAGGAUUACGCCGAAGUCCUCAAAAAAUGGAUGACCGAUUGGCCAAUCAGACCAAUAGUUAGUAUGAGUAUUGGUAGACGUGUGUUUAGCUUUGAUCCUGAAUACUGGAAAGGAGCACGGACACCAUGGGAUUAG